UGUUUCAUCAAGAUUUUCUAUUUUUUCAUUACAAAUUUUUUCUUGAGAAGAACAAAGGCGUUGGCAUCCCUUGUGAAGUCAAACAUAUGUCUUAUAUCCAUUAGAGGUCGCCCUUGUUCAAACGCUUUUGUUUUGUAUCCAAAUUUCGGAUUUAUGUCAUUUUAUAAAGUUGUUUACAGGUGAAAACAUUUAUUUAGCAAUUUCUUAAAUUUCGUUAAACAUUGACUGAGUAAAGGUGCACUUAAAUAAAUAUGGAAUUAGCUUUCACUGCUUGUAAUUUCUGUCAAAAGAACACUUUUAAAUAUACCUGUCCAAAAUGUAACGCAUUGUAUUGUAGUCAGAGGUGUUUUAGAAAACCUAAACACAAAAAAUGCACAAGUUCAUUUUACAAUGUCUUUAACCAAUCUUCAGCAUUUGGUCGAGAUGAUCGUAAUGAUGUUAUAAUGAGAUAUGUGGCUUUGAGAAACAUGAUUGAGAUGUAUAAUAAAAAACCGGAAAAAGCCGAAAGUGAGAGCGGAAGUGUGGAAAGUAAAAGCAUCUGGACUAAUGAUGAUUGUGUAUCAUCAAGACUGGUUGCUAAUGAUAGUGAUUCUGAUGAUGAUCAUUAUCCCUAUUUUGAUUAUGCUUAUGACUCCAAUGAUGAUGGUGAUUCCUAUGAUGAAAGCGAUGAACUAAAUGAUGAAGAUGAUGACUCUAGUAGCAGCGACAGUGAUGUUUCUGAUGAUAGUGACAAUAAUAACAGUGACGAUGCAAAUGAUAAUAGUAAUCAUGAAGGUGCUGGCGGUAAUCAUGUUAGUGAAGAUUCUAUUUCUGAUGAUGCUAGCGGUAUUGACACUGAAGAUAGUGAAGAUUCCGACGUUAGUGAUAGUGAAGAUUCCGACGUUAGUGAUAGUGAAUAUGAUCUUUCCUGGGAAGUAGAUUAACCAUGUUGUCAUGGUAUAAGAAACAGUCGCCAUUUGGUGUAUUAUGUUAUUACCAUUUCAAUUUAUAGUAUUAAAAAUUUGUCAAAUUCGGGGAUAUGUUUCAAUUAAAUAUAAAGACUGAUCUAUGUAUAUUUAUAUAUUUUUAAUGCAAUUGAUUUGCAUAUUGACUAAUAGUUUAGUCAUGUUUUGUAUGCUAAUAAUACUAAAAAUAAAAAGCAAAACUCACUCA